UAUUUGAUUCAUUAAUUAAUUUGAUAGCAUUAAAUUAAUGGGAUUUGUAAUUUUGUCAAGAUAAUUAUUACGACGAUAUCAUUUCACCAUUUUUUAUAAACAUAUUAAUUAGGGUUAGUUAAAAUUUUCUUUAACCGUAAUCACAAAUAGAGGUGUAUAGGUAGGUAAUUAUUGUGAAAUAAUUGUGUGUACAAAAUAAAACAGAUCAUUGACAGCAAGGUUUACGCCCUUUUAAAAGUUUUUGGUGUAUGUACAUCAGUCGAUUACAUUUCAACAGUAAAUCGGAAAAAUGGCCCUAUAUCCGUCUUUGGAGGAUAUGAAAGUAGACAACAUGGUGAGGGCUCAGCUAAGUCAGCAACUUGUGCAGCCACCUUAUGGAGCGAAUGUAACUGUUGUACCUAACGCUCCCUUGCCCAAUUCUUCUGCUUAUCACAUGUAUCCAGCUCUUGGUGACUAUAUGGGUCUUGAGCUAUCAUCUGAUGUUAUUGCUCUCAACAUGCCUGAGUAUCAAAUACAACCAGUUCAAUCUAGUGGUGGAGUAGCAAACUUGAUUGCGCCACUGUCUUCUCAGUCUUCAACAAUACAAAAGGCAACAGUUACACAGGCAAUCAGACAAGUUGUGCUGUGCAAGGACAAAGAUGGCAAGUGUGGUUUGAGACUUCAUGCAGUGAAUAACGGGAUUUUCGUAUGUUAUGUUGCUACUGGCAGUCCAGCAGCAUUGGCUGGAUUACGAUUUGGAGAUCAAGUGUUGGAAAUCAACAAUGUCACCGUGGCAGGCAUGACAAUGGACCAGUGCCAUGGUUUGUUGAAAAAGGCCCCAGUUAAUGGCAUCACUAUGGCUAUACGUGACAGACCUUUUGAGAGGACAGUAACACUUCACAAGGAUUCCCUUGGCCAUGUUGGAUUCCAGUUUAAAAAUGGCAAAAUUGUUGGAUUAGUAAAGGAUUCCUCUGCAGCCCGCAAUGGUUUAUUGACUGAACAUCAGAUAUUGGAAAUAAAUACAAUUAAUGUUGUAGGCAUGAAAGAUAAGGAAGUUUCUAAAAUAAUUGAUUCCAGUCCCUCUAUUGUGAAUGUUACAAUUAUUCCAUCCUACAUAUAUGACCACAUGAUAAGCAAAAUGUCUGCAUCACUGUUUAAGGAACAGGACCGCACGCCUGCAGUGUAGAUUUUUAUAACUAUCAAUACAGAUUUUUUUUUUAUACUGAACUAUUUUUAUUAUAACAUUAAUUUGACAUAUUAUAGUCAUAUCUUAUUUCACACAAUUGGCACUUACAAUACUUAUAAUAUCACACACUUUAUUUUGUAGUACGUAAGAUUAAUUGUUAAUUUUUAUUAUUACAUUAUAGGAAUAUUAAUUAGGGUUCAUGUUACAAGUAUAUGUACCAUUAGUCAGUAAGGGCUGUGAAAUAGGAGACGCAAAACUAAUCAAUUUCAGACCAAAAAUUUUCUAAAUUCUGCCAUUGUUUUUAUUUAAACAGUUUAGAGUGCUAAAUUGUUUGGCCAUAAAAAGUGAUAGUAAGAACGAUAGUAAGAUACGAGUAUGCAGUAAUGAAUAGAUUGUCUAUGAUAGUAUACAAUGUGUAACCGUCAGUAUAUAUCAAACUGAUACCAUGGGAUACUUUUUAAUCAUAGACCACUAUUCCUUAAACAUUUUAACACUACUGGAAACGAAGAUAACUCACUAUUUUGAGGCUUUUAGCUGCCGAUGUUAUCCAUGUAACCCUGAAAUUCGUAGCCGUGGCUUCUCAAUACACACAAAUCCUUAGAACACUGAAGUUGCUCCCUAAAACAUGAUUACCAGAUAACCAUUAAGCUUUUGAGCGAAGUCUGGUUAACUAUAUUAGCCAUGGCUCUAUAAGUAGUGUCCAAUUUAUAUUUACAUUCAUGUAUUUAAGGAAUUGGAAAUAUGUUAAUAAUUCUUUAAUAUAUAUUUUGUGCUGACAUUUUGCAGUUGCUCAUGUUGUGCGUACAUGUUCAAUUUAUUAUUAAAUUAUUAUUAUGACAUCUUUCAACUGGAUUUUUUGAGAAAAGUUUUUCAAUUUCAAAUACUAUUGCUGAAGUUAACAAAACUGACCAGUUUGAUAUAUCCUGUCUGUUAUAUCUGUAUAUUAAUUUUAAGUUAUGUUUAAUUCAUUGUGCCCAAUUAUAUUGUUUUAUUACUUUAAUAUUUACCUACCUUUGAUAUAAACCUCUGGACAUCAACUCAUAUAUUGGAGCUAGUUACACAGAGAUCGGCCAUCUCUUAAGGUCAUCCCAGAUAAUGUGGCCUUUUUUGUAUAACUGGCUUCUUUUGUAUAAUUCUAGAAUGUAAGAAAUAUAUAAUCUUUUACGUUAUAUAAACAUAUAAUAAUGACUAUAGUAUUCAUUCAUAAUAUGAGUAAUUUUCAUUGAAUUCUAUGUAUUAAUGAGUUUAUAAAAUUUCAUUAUUUUGUACCUAUGUUAAAAAGAGGAUUUAGUUAUGUUUAUAUUAUAUUUAUAAAUAAAUAAAUUACAUUGUUAUGAGCAGUAUGCACUAAGAGAUUAUGAGUACUUUGAUAUGGAUACACUCUGGUUUAGAAAAGUAUCUUGAAUUAUACGAUGUGAUUCCUACCAAUAUGAUUAUUUGAUAUAGUUUUUACCUACCGACUUCCUUACACUUAUAAGUGACGAUCUCCGCCGUACUUUUUUUUGGAUAAAUUAGAACAGAAUUGCGCUGUAACGCGCGAAUCUGGACACAAGUUAGGCCCGUUUUUAUGUGAAAGUAAGUUCUUAUAUUCUUUGGAUAUUUUUACUGCAAUGUGUGGACUAGUGGGUUAUAAUCUCGAUUUUAAAAACUUUGUUUGAGUCAUAUGUUCUAGAUUAGAUUAUAUUUUAGCCAAUGCCAACAAUUUGAGUCUAUAGCUGUUUUUUUUUUAAAUAGCUUUAGACACAAACAGUUUACUAAACUCAUUCUAGUUAGUAAGUGAACUCCCUCUUAGCAACGUAUGUUUAUGUGCAAGGUCUAUACUCUUAUGUGUAAUAUCUAUAACAGGAAUAUUUUUUAUAAGAUAUUUUACAGCAUAAAUUUUUCUCAAUAUUCAUUUAUUUUCAAUGAGAAAUUAACAUAAUUUCAAAAACUUUUCUUAGACGUAUAUGGGCGUCCCCUUAGACGGUUUGUCCACGAUAACAUACAAAAUUUAUAUACUUACAUAUCAAAAUUUGUCCAGUUUAAUUUUAAAGCGUUUAUGUCAAUAAAAAUAUAACGUUCAUUUUAUAUUUAAUAGGAUUCGAUUAGCAGAGAUUAAUAGAAAUAGAUUAUAUAGAUUAUAUACACCUAGAUAGAGCGUCAAGUUUGAGAAGGUCGUUUUUUCAUACCGUGAGUGUUCAAAUUAUCAUUAUCUUAUUAAAAUGUACAAGUCUGAAAGUAUUAUAGUAUUGAUA